AUGCUAGGAAUUGAAAGAAUUAAAAAGAUUAGCACUAUGGAUAUAAAGGCUGUAGUGAUGAAUGAUGAUGUGUUUGUCACUGGAGGAAGAGAUGGUAAGUUACGAAUACGUCUAAACUCGUGUGAAACUGAUGUUGAACCUAUUGUUUUUGAGGGAGAUCCUGGAUGUGGAUAUAUAAACUGUCUUGCUAUUAGAGGUGAAUGUUUAUUUGCAGGAUGCCAGAAUGGAAGAAUUGCAAUUUACAGUAUGAACUUUGAUGCGUGUACAGAUGGAAAAGGAAGUAUAGAACCUAUUGGAUACAUUGAUGGACAUAGCAUGAAUGUGUGUACUCUUGAUAUUUCUGAUGAACUUUUGAUGUCAGGCUCCUGGGAUUGUACUAUGGCGAUUUGGGAUGUGAGUCAUUGCGAAUAUGCCAAUCCUGAAUGUUUAAUGAGAAUACAGCAUCCUGCGACAGUAUGGAGUGCAAAGUUUGUAAGGAAAAAUAUGUAUAUUACAGGAUGCGCAGACAACCUCUUGAGGAUUUAUGAAGAUGGUGUGUUGGUAAGUACACUUGGAUAUCAUAUGUCCUGUGUUAGAAGUUUAGCUGUUUUUGAUAAAUGUAUUUUUUCAAUUGAUAAUGAAGGAAUAGUAUUGAAGAUAUCGUUGGAUGGUAUUUUGCUAAAGCAUCAGUCUUUGAAUGAGUUCGGAUAUCACUUGAGUCUUUGUGAAGUUGAUGGGAAGCAAAUGGUUGCAUGUUGUGGAGAGAAUGGGAAGAUGAUGUUUUUUGACACAGAUUUGAAGAUGUUGCAGGAUGUUCGUGUUCCUGCUAUAUCUUGCUGGACAAUGUGCAGUAGCAGAAGUAAAGUAUAUGUUGGGUGUAAUGAUGGAAGGAUCUAUACAUACUCUAAGAAUGUAUCAGAUGAUGUAAUAAAGGAAUUGGUAGAGAUAGAACAGGGAAUACGAGUAGUUGGUGAAGACAGAGAGUUUGUUUCGAACGGCCAGAAGUUCAAGACAGUUAGUGGACAAGUGUACCAGGAAGUUGAUGGGGAAUGGGUACUUAUGGGAAGUAUGCAAGGAUCGAAUGAUUAUGAAAAUACGUUUCGGGUUGAACUUGACAACAAAUAUUACACAUUAUCGUUUAACAAUGACGAGAAUACUUAUGAGGUAGCAGAAAGAUUCUUGAGGAAGUACGGACUCAGAGACGAGUUUAAAGACGAGAUUGUUGACUUUAUCAAGAAGAAUUUUGCACCAAAAGGAAAAUUUCGUAUUUAUGACUCGAUCAACAAAAAAGGAAUCAAGACGAUGCUAGACAGGAUCACACAAGAAACAAGACAUGAAUAUCCUUGCAUUAAUAAAUGUAUUGAGAAUGUUUUUCGCAAUGAUAGUGAAGAUCUUGAAAGUGAACUUAAACACUUGAUGAAUGAGGGAUCUAUGUUUAUGGCUCUUGACUUAAUCAGAUACUUUGAGGCACAUGGAUGUGUAUUUGAUAUGUCAUUUUUGUUUAUGCUUGAUCCUAGAGAUAGGAAGGAGGCAGUUACAUUUAUAAGACUUGUAGCCAAUUUGUUUGCUCAUCCUCCAUUUAAUUUGGAAAUGCUGCAUGGCAAAGUCUUGAUGUUAAGAGACAGAAACCUUGUGGAAGAAAACGUGCUAGACGAUUAUUUUACAAAUAGGAGCAUUAAAAACAAGAAGUAG